UAUCACUAUGACAUUUGACAUGCUAAUCUCAAUGUCACUAUUCUCAAUUCUCACACAUUUUUACCUAAAUUAAAGGUUCAUAAAUAUAUGGAUAUCCUUUGAUUUCGAAAAAAAUUUCAUGAAAAUAUGAGUGCUAGGUAUACCGACAACAAUAUGGCUAAUGGUCCACACAAAACAAAGAAAGAAAGAUCAAGGUCGCGAUCCCCACGAAGAAGAGAAGAAAAAUUUGAAAUAAAAAGGGAAAAUUUGGGUGAAGAUGGAGAAAAGGAAAAAAAAGUUGAAAACAUUGGUCUUGGGGCCAAGAAUAGGCUGAAAAGUAUGAGCAUCCAAAUGAAACUUGGCUCAGUAAAGAAAGAAGUAACAUCAAAACCAAAACUCAGCGUUGCGGCAGCAUUUAAUCAAGAUAGUGAUAGUGAGCCGGAAGAGAUGCCUCCUCAAGCUAGAAUGAGAAUGAGGAAUAUCGGAAGAGAUACGCCGACAUCUUCAGGGCCCAAUUCUUUUGGAAAGACUAAACAAGGAUUUUCAGAUGCACAAAAGUUGUUUGAGAAAUCUUUAAAAGAUGCAAUGAAUAGUGCUUUAGCUGACGAUUAGUGUUAUAGAAAAUACCUAGGAUUCUUUUAUUACCCCCUCUAGUCUGAAGGGUAUUUUAUCUGUCGGUACAAUCUGAUUGUGUAAUUUCUUGAAGCUGAUUUUUCUCUCUUGACUUUGUAUCAUUUUAAAUAUUUUUUUAAUCAAAUUCAAUAGUUACUGUUGUAAAUUUCAAAUAUCUACGAGCAACUUACUCAAUUCACAAAAUUAUAGGUUUUAUUUGUCUGAUUGAACUAAUUGAACUAAGAACAUUUUUUGAAAUAUAUGUUAAGGUAUGUUUGUAGUUGUCAUUCGUUAAAUAAAAGUUUAAGAAAUAAA